AUGUCAAUUAUUAGUGAACAAACUAUUAAAGUAAACGAAGAAGGAUUUUUAAUUUCGAUUAAAACAUAUAAUGAAUUUGAACAUAGAGUUUUUAUUAAACGAAAUAAUGUUGAAAGAAUUAAUAUUCCUAAAGAUUUACGAAUUUUACAUAAUCAAAAAAAAAUUGAUCCAGAAACUUUUGAAGAUGAAAGACGUGGAUUUAAAAUUUUAAAAAAAGAUUUUGAAGAUAAGAAAUAUAUGAUAAAAUUUAAAAAUAGUAGUCUAAGUUUAGGUUCAG